UUUCUGCAAAAUUAAGCGCCAGGAUGCCGGAAAAGAGGUAAUCUGAACAUGGCAUUAGAGGUUGAGUGGUACGAUUUUGUGUGUUUUGGCAUUGUGGGAGUGGCCUUAAUAGGAGCCUUAUGGGUGCUGUGGAAGAAAGAAACUGUUUCCCGAAGACAGUAUGACAGCAGAUAUGAGAGCCUCCUGGUAGCUCGACCUGAUCAUGAAGUAGACGCCACUUCAUUGCCUAAAGGUCAUGUGAGCGCCGCCCAGCUAUGGACCAGUUCUUGGCGAGGCCUUAACCCUCUGUGGCUCUUGUCUACGCGUUUCACUUCUUUUCUUGUAAUGGCCGUCCUCCUAACCUGGGAUGCUCUCAAAAAUGGUUCCGCCAUUUUCUACUACUAUUCUGAGUGGACUUUCACAUUAGUUAUGAUUUAUUUUGCGCUGGCAAGCGUGGUAUCUGCAUACGGAUGCUGGCACAACCUAAAACCUUCUGAACAUGGGGCAGAAGCUGAUUAUCUCAGAAGAGAUUUAGAAGAGAGUAUGUCCUCGGACACUGUGACUUAUGAAGAGAAAGAAACCAGGGGUUCCAUCAAGUUGCAAAGCCUAUAUGCCGGAGAGGAAUUUCAACAAAGAGCAGGAUUUUGGGGUUACCUCAUGCAAAUCAUAUAUCAGAUUUGUGGAGGGGCCGUGAUCAUCACAGAUAUCGUAUAUUGGGGUGUUAUAGUACCAUUUUUGACAAUCUCUCGCUUAAAACUGAACUCGUUGAUGGGUUUCAUGCACACCUUGAAUCUAGCUUUCCUGCUUGUGGAUACAGCUUUAAAUGAUCUUCCAUUUCCCUGGUUUAGAAUGGCUUACUUUGUGCUGUGGAGCUGUGCCUACAUCAUCUUCCUGUGGGUCGCUCAUGUCUGUGGUCUUUCCUGGUGGCCAUAUCCAUUCCUGGAGCUUGACAACCCUUGGGCUCCCUUGUGGUACUUCUUCUUGGCUGCGUUUCACAUACCCUGCUAUUGGUUGUAUGUACUCAUAGUGAAAGCAAAAGAUUGGGAGUCCCUUCUGCAAUUUCAACCUACAACCUUAACUCAAAUACCCGCCUUGUCCGAACGGGGUUCCUGAGCAUCAAGCAUAACCGGCCAGUUGCGUUAUUAGUGAACUUCCUCACCAAAUCCAAGUAGAUGCUAGCAUAUUUCUCAAACAAAUACAUAUAGGAACCAAAAUGUGAUGAAUGCAUCUCAUCUGGCUAUCCCAACCGAGGAGAACAAAAUAUAUGGACUGAUUGAAUGCCAGCUGACUAACAUUGCCGCUACGUUACCUCAACUCAAGCAUCCUAAACACUGCAGGUAAACUUGCCUUGCAAAAUAUCAUGAAAGACAUAAUCCCACUGAAUACAGCAUAAAACAGUGAGAGCCAUAUGCCAACAAUAGAAACUAGGCGGUGGGCCUUGGGUCCGCUACUUGAAUUGCAACCAGAGGAAUUAAAAGCUUUUGGAAUUUUCAAACUGAAAAAAUGACUGAAUUUUUUUGGGUAGACAAAUGAGGCAAAAGCCCAAAGCAAACAAAGAAAACUACCAGGACUAACCGUGGGUCACUGCUACCCACACAAUAUAGAGCAAGUAAUCUCAGCUUCGGGAGAGGAAGACGAAAAAAAUGAAGCCAUCUGGUUGUGAUAUUUGUCUCACUUGGACUUUGCCGCUCCCGUGAGAUUUCUCUCUGUAUAAGCAAACAAGCCUUUGAGGUGUUUCCCCACUUGCAAAGAGAUUCUCAAGCAUUUUAAGAGUAGAGUUCUCUCUGUAAUAA